AAUUUAAACCUUCCGCCCUAUUCAGGUUUAGGGUCAUCAAAUGUGUUUUUAUGGCUGUGUUUGUGUUGUCCCAGAUGCUGUUUAAUGGGCUAGUGGAAGUGAAUAUUGUUAUUCUCCAUACACGAAGGCAUUAAACCAAACGAUAGAAAAAUCAUACUAGAAAAUUUGUUCCAUAUGUUCCUACUUUGAAGCAAUUUCCUUCAGAAUAGUUACUAUAUAACUAUGGAAUGCUUCUGCCACUGUUUUGUCUGGAUACCAUUUUUUAUUUUGCUCCAAGGGAUUUGUGAGGCUUAUAUACAACAAAAAUUACUUGUAAUAUCUUUAGAUGGUUUCAGUCAUAAUUAUCUAGAUCGUGCUAAGCUUCGGAAUGUCAACAUUUCCUCUUUUGAACGGAUUUGGAAGACCGGAAUACGUGUUAUGAAAGUACAUAAUGAGUUUAUUACUCGAACAGGACCAAAUCACUUAUCACUGGUCACUGGGAUGCAUGAAGAGAGUCAUGGUAUUGUUGAUAAUGUGUUUUAUGAUCCUGAGCUUAAUGAUACUUUCGACUUGAGUAAUACGAGGCAUUUAUCACAAUUAAAGUGGUUUGAUGUUGGGUCUGAACCAAUUUGGGUUACAAAUCAACGUCAUGGUCAUAAAAGUGCUGUUACGUUUUGGCCAGGGAGUAGUACACCAUUCAAAGGACAAUUACCUAGUUUUUAUUAUUCCCAAUAUAACCAUCAACUUCCUUUAAUUGAUCGAAUUAAUCAAACCAUUAAGUGGUUAAAUUUAGAUGAAGUGACACUUGGUCUAAUAUAUUUUCAUGAACCUGACUCACAGGGUCAUUUGACCGGACCUGAUUCUGUUGAAAUUUUUAAUGUUAUCGAGAAGUUAAAUGAUGAUAUUGGGUACUUACUAUCUUUAAUUGAUACUAGGCCAUCUCUAAAGUCAUCACUUAACAUUAUUUUAACAAGUGACCAUGGGAUGUCUGGAGUAGAUGCUAACAGAAUAAUUAUUCUGCAUGAUUAUAUCAACGAGAGCAUGUAUUAUAGUCCGGGGUCAGAGGAUCGUGUGUUUUGGUCAUUAUGGCCAAAAGAUGGGAGCUCAUCUAUUAAUCUCUACAAAAGACUGGUCGGAAAACAUCCAAAGAUGAAUGUUUUUCUGAAGGAUAAUAUACCUAUUCGUUUACACUACUCGAAUAAUCGACGAAUAAGCCCAGUGGUAGUUUAUUCGGAGCCGGGGUGGACAAUCGUUAGAUCACGAAAAUCGGUUGCGAAAUUUACUAAACGUGGAGAUCAUGGUUAUGAUCCGGACCAUGAUGAAAUGUCUCCAUUCUUUCUAGCUACGGGACCAGGUUUCAGGAGCACGAUUGUUGGUGGCGGUCAAAUAAUUAGUUCUAUUCAUCUGAUUGAUAUUUAUCCACUGAUGUGUGCCUUACUCAAUUUAAAUAAACCAGCUCCAAACAAUGGUAGUUUAUCACGUGUGAUGUCACUCCUUCAUGAUGGUAGUGGUGUUAAUGUCUACUUCUCGAGUUUUCUGGAUAUGUUCACUGUCGGAAUUGUUUUAUUAUGUUGUACAACCGUAUCAAUUGUAUACAUAAUAUGCACAUGUAUUUCAUCUAAAGAUUAUCUAUUUCCUGAUGAUGAUAAUAAUAAUAAUAAGUUAAAACAUUCUAUUUAUCAACCAAAUUCAUUUCUACUUCAACGACGUUUACGUAAUAAAUCUCAACAUGAUAAACAAAAACAACAAUAUUGUAAUAUUGAAUUAAAUAAGAUGAACACUUUAAAAAAUAAAAUAAAAACAAAAAAUAAAUUCUAUGAAAUGUAUUUAAAAGAUGAAUCAAUUAAACAAACAACAGAUAGACAACGAUUACUUGAUUAUAAUAUACGGGAUAGUAAUGUUCCCAAUAGUUACAAUGUCAGUCGUUAUGAUGAUGAUAAUGAUGAAGAAUAUGAAGAAUAUAAUCGAUUUUCUAUUCAACAUAUAGAUGAUAAAACUUUUUUAAAUUUACUUCGUCAACCAAAUAGUAAAUAUCCUUAAGAAUGCUUAAAAUUUUUAUUCUAGUAAUCUAUUAGUGGCUUAUUCUUUCAGUCUCUUACUUUGUUUCUACAUGGUGUGAUAUUGAAAUUUGUGAUAUAUAACCAUAGUGAUUUAGGUGCAUUAUAAUUUGAAGUUUAUAUAGAUGGCUGUGUUUCAUGUUAUUAUUGUAUUUUAUGCAUAGGCAAGUGGCAUAAAUUUUUGUGUUUUCUUGUUCUUAUUAUAUUUUCAAAUAACUGUAUCUACUUUUGAUUACUUCGUUUAUGUAUAUGUAUUGACACAUACUUGUAUGAACAUGUAUCAUUUAAGGUAUCAAUCCGAUUAUUACUUUUUGUGUAUGUGAUGGAUAUUUGUGAUAUUUUGCCAAGUUUUCUUUGGUUAUUUUUGUUUAUGAAUUUUUAUUAAAUACUAUUUAGUUA